AAAAAUAUAUUAUGCAUAGAUUUCAUGUAUAUCCUUAGGUAUAUUCUAGAACUAUCUGCAGGUAUUCUUGUCCCACUCAAUUUCAUCCAGGGAAACAGAGAUAUGACGAUACUGGUAGUAUUGACAGUUAAUUUUAGAAAAGACUCCUAAUAUCGAAUAAUCAGAAAAUACGUAUAAUACAUACCACUGCAAUACGUGUCAUCUUUACAGACUUCUCUUAAAACUUGAUAUAGAUAUUCUCGAAUGUGUCUUAUGUGAAUGAAAUAAUUAUAUAUUUUCCCUUUUGUGCGUGUCUUCAAACAGGUGGAUACUCCGGAUUUAAAAAAAUAUAAAGAUAAGAGAGAUAAGAACACAUGUCCCACUUUGAAGCGCAGUGAUUCGUAGGAAAUGUUUUUAGAAAUGAUUUUACAUGCCUUAUUAGAUGCUUGUAGCCGAGAACUCGAAUCAUAGAAUGACAAUGCCAAAUAUUUGGGAAAAUAUCAAGGAAGGGACGAAUAGCAUAAAAGAUAAGCAAGGAAAUCAGCUGAUAUAUUUAUUUCGUUGCAGUGUUACUUAAUAUAUAUUAGAGGAUACUUGUUCUAAAUAUGGAUCCACUGUCACCAGGUCCUUGUUUAGAUAUUAGUGAUGAUGAGCUGGUAUCUAUAUCAGUACGUGAUCUGAAUCGCCAAUUGAAACUACGUGGUCUAACACGAGAACAGAUUGUUGGAAUGAAACAGAGAAGGAGAACUCUCAAAAAUAGAGGAUAUGCUGCAAGUUGUCGUGUUAAACGAAUUGAGCAUAAAGAUGAACUUGAGACGGAGAAGAGUCAAGAGUACCAUGACAUGGAAGUAAUGCAAGAUGAUAAUAAUAAAAUGCGAGAAGAAAUAGAUUCUUGGCAUUCAAAAUAUGAAGCAUUGAUGAAAUUUGCGACAGAGAAAAAAAUUCCAAUACCACCUGAAUUAGAGAAUAUGUAAAGCAUGAGGUAAUAAUGAAGACUUUCUUUUCGAAGCAGAAUUAUUUAUUUUCUGUACCAAGAAUAAUUGUUCUGUAGAAUGGAGAUGAAUUUGUAUACAUCAUACAGGAACACAAUUAAAUGGGACAUUUUUAAAUUAUAAUAUGAAAAUAAUGUGUAAUACAACUGCAAUGACUUCAGUAACUUGUAUUUUAAUUUUAAAUUAUGUUGAAUAGGCCAAUUCUUAUAAUUCUUACACUGUGUAUGAAAUAUAUGAUUUAAUAUAAAAGUAU